GAACAGUCGAAGUUUGUUCGUUGCCUGCGAAGAAGGAACAGCAAAAAAGCGCCUCUUUUUCUCUUUGCUGUCUCAGUCGUGUCUCGGUGGCCGCCAUUAAAGCGAGACAGAAAAUUGUGUGUGCCCCACGGAAAGUGUGUGUUAUUUUGGCCUGACCCAAGUGCUUGCGUGAAACAUUCGUCGAAAAGUGCGAACCCCGCCGGAACCUGCUACGGACCGGACCCGGCCCGAACCCCUCCCGGAUUGAGGCCCCGCAGCUGUGGUCGAUCCCAGCUUUCUCUAGCUAACCCGGUACCGCAAACGGCCCGAAAAUUGAGUCGUCGGCGGGAGCGGCCUUCACGGGGCCCAUCAUGUUCACCACGAACAACAUCCAGACGGGCACGCCCGUCGGGAUCCAGUACCAGACGGCGGGCGACGUCAACAAGCAGGUCAAGAUCGACGCGAUGAAGGCGACCCAGCAGACGCCCGAGUUCUCGACGUUCUACGCCAACGUGAACAUGAUCCAGAAGCUGACGCCGACGUCGCAGGCGCUCAGCACGGUGAACCUGGCCCAGCUGGCGGACGACACGAAGACGGUGCAGUAUCUGCAGCCGUUCAGCUACGCGAACUGCGCGCUGGUCAAUCAGAUCCCGAACGGCGUGACCGGUAUCACGGUGGACGGACGGCAGCUGGUGGUGAACAAACCCAUCACGUCCUUCCAGAACACCAUCUCCAACAUCAGCUUCAAGUGCGACGUGUGCGGGUUGAUGUUCAACCACCUGACGCUGCUGAACCACCACAAGCGGACGCACAACCAGGACGGCGAGAGCACGUCGGACGCGAUUACGGUGGUGACGCAGCCCCAGAACCUGGUCCAGGCCCAGAACAUCAUCUCCGAGACCGGGCAGAACCUGGGCCAGAUUCAGAUCGUGGCGACCGAAGCGCUGGACCCGGCGCCGCAACAGCAACAUCUUGAACAGCAGCAGCAGCAGGCUCAGCAACAGGCCCAACAGCAAGCUCAACAGCAGGCUCAGCAGCAAGCCCAGCAACAACAGCAGCAGCAGCAACAACAGCAUCAACAGGUGGUCCAGAUAUCGCACAUCAAGGAUAAGAUCCAAAAGUGCAUCACCUGCGGAGGUCCCAUCCAGAACAACCCGAAGCGCAAAGGUCCCAAGCUGAUUCGCUGCGAGUCUUGCAUCAACAACGACAACGCCCACAAUGUCAACAGACCUACCCAAAUCUUCGUCGCCCCGGACGGUGACAUCAAGUUCGAGAUUGGCGAAAUUCCCAACACGUCCAACAGCAACUCGUCGAUCGAUUCGCUGAUGCCGACGCAGAUCACCACGAUCAAAACGGAACACAUCCAACAGCAGCAGCAGCAGCAACAGCAACAACAGAUCCAGAUCCAAGCUCCGGCGCCUUCGCACCCGGUCAAGAAGCGCAACCUGGCCACGGUGACCAAGUGCAACAAGUGCAACGGCUCCGGCGUCAUCAUCGUCGGCGGCAAGAAGCAGCACCUGGCGGCGGCGGCGGCAGCGGCCUCGUCCAGUCCAGCCGCGUCCAUGCACCAGCACCAGCAAACGCAGGAGAAACCGUUUACGUGCAAUACGUGCGGCGGUCGGUUCUCGCGGUAUUCGAGUCUCUGGUCGCACAAGAAGCUGCACUCGGGCGAAAAAAAUUACAAGUGCAACGUGUGCGGGAUCGCGUUCGCGAAGGCGGUGUACCUGAAAAAUCACACCCGGAUACACACCGGCGAGAAGCCGUACAAAUGUGGCACCUGUGGAAUGCAGUUUUCGCAGUCCCCUCACUUGAAAAAUCACGAGCGAACGCACAGCGGUGAGAAACCGUACGUUUGCGAGGUUUGCGACAAAGGAUUCGCCCGGCACGCCACCCUCUGGAACCAUCGGCGCAUCCACACCGGUGAGAAGCCCUACAAGUGCAACCGGUGCCAGUCGGCGUUCAGCCAGGCAGCCCACUUGAAGAACCACGAAAAGGUUCAUUCCGGUCUGAAACCGUUCAAGUGCGACAUCUGUUCGGCAGCGUUUGCCGAUCGGUUCGCGCUCAAGCGACAUCGUGGCAUUCACGAGAAAUAUGGCCAAACCGCGCCACUGCAUGGUCAGAUCGUCCACAAGGAGGAAAUCAUCGAGAUGGACGAGAAGUCGCGCGAGGUCAUCAUCGGCGCGAUGUAAAGAGUGUAACGGUCGAUUCCGUUGCCUCGAAAGUAGUGAUUAACUAGUUGUCGAUAUAGAUUGUCUCUUUUUAAACAAAAAAAAAUCGGUAAAACUAAACAUUAUUGUGUUCACUCAGGAAUUCAGUGAACCCGUUCGAUCGUCAAGUUUGCGCUCGAGCAGCAAACGGCGUAGCCUAGAUGGAAGCCAUAUUUAAAACAAGAAAUCUUUACGUUUCGUUUUUUCGUCGUAGUUAAUCUUAUUAGUUCUUACAAAAUUGCGCUAGGGAUAGAAGAUAUUUUUUAAAUUAAAUGAUUAAAAGAAAACCUAUUAAUCUGGACUAUUUUGUGAUAGUUCUGUUCGAAGGAAACCUUCAAAACUUGUAAAAAUUUGUGAAACGCAUCCACGCAAUUCUAGAAGAAAUUGAUUUAUAUACACAAAAAGACGCAAAUGUAAUAGUAUAUCAACUUUGUACAUAAGGUUUAAAUGUAUUAUGGAAUAAAAAAAUCUUCAAAUUUUGGCGCCAUAA